UCCCAUAACAACAGGGGCAUGGCUGUGGAAGAUCCAACAGCACCAUGUGGAGUGAAAUUUGUAAUUGAGGAGUAUCCUUAUGCAGCUGAUGGCCUUCUCAUAUGGUCUGCAAUAAAAGAACUUGUUGAGCAUUAUUAUUCUGAGCCUAAAUCUGUCAUGUUAGAUGUUGAGCUCCAAGGUUGGUGGAAUGAGAUCAAGAACAAGGGACACCCCGAUAAGAAAGAUGAACCUUGGUGGCCAAACCUUAUCGAACAUACUUGCCUCAAUGAGUUGGGUUGUUUCUGGUCACCAUGCAGCUAUAAACUUUGGACAAUAUCCAUGGCAGGCUACGUGCUGCAUCGCCCCACCUUAAUGCGGAAACUCAUUCCUCAAGUAGAAGAGCUUGAGUAUAAACAGUUACUUGUUGACCCUAAGCAAAUGUUUUUAUCUUCUUUGCCUACUCAAUUUCAGACAACCAAGUUGUUAGCCGUUCAAGAUGCUGUAUCGACACAUUCUCUAGACGAGGAAUACUUGCCUCAGCUGUAA